UUUCCGUCAAAGCGCGGGUCGUACUUCCCCGAUUCGCAGUACAACGGGUUCGCGACGGGUGAAGAGGAUGCAGAGGAUGCGCUCAAAUCGGCUUUUUUAUGCGUCGCCUUGAAAAGUAGAGGGCCCUCAAUCUGGUCGGCAGUGCACUAAAGAUGGGAAGAAACCGCCCGCGUCCCUGAAAGAGUUGUGGCAGGGAAACAGCGGAAAGCAAAAGCAGCACUAGGCGGAUGAGGCGUAGAGACACACAGCACAAGAAGAGUGGGAGACCACUGCUGUGCGCCUACUGUUCGUGAUCGUCAACUGGGAUGGACUUGAUCCGCUGAAACUGUUGCUGUACCUCCUGACGGCCUUUCAGCUUUUUUCUUUGUCAAUUUUCUUUUUUUCUGGAGUAAAAGAUCAGCGGAGUAUUGCCGGCCGAGGGACGCAGAAAGCCGACGGCGGGCCGCGAUUGCUUUCCGGGGUUGAAGGACGCUGCGGGACAGAACAGAAAGGGUCGACACUGUUUUUCCCCUUGUGCCUGAAAAGCAGGAAAGGCACGGAAACGUGUUCACUUUCUGAGCCAUCAAGCGGUUACUAGUCUGUCGACCCCUUUGCUGUGUUUCUCUCCUCCGUCUCUUGUCUCUCCUGCCGCCGCGCCGUUCGGACUCCCGGCAACACUCAGUAUGUGCUGACCGAGGGAAGAACGUUUCUUGGGGCGUUUUCGUUCUGUUUCCUGGUUCUUCGUGUCUGCAUCUGUUUUCUUUGGGAACGGACCAGGCGGCGGUCCGAAAAGGAGGUGGAGUCGAGCACUUUGUCUCGCAAUUCCCCUCCCCCCCUCCAAUCCGUCCGCGUUUUUUGCAGCCCAUUUUUGUCCUCGUUUCCGUUUUCUAUUUUUCAUCGCACGUGUUGUUUCCUGUUCCACGUUAUCGCUCUUAGGUGGCUCUGUCCGUCUACGCCUAUCGCAGACAGUCAAGAUGAGGGUUCGACAUCUGCAGACGUACCUGUCGGAGAACAUGCUUCUCCGGCAGGGGAAGAUUGAGGCGUUGACAGACAUGCGUUUGGGGGUGGACGCAGUGUUUUGGCUGCGUUCGCUGGCGAGUUUGAAGGAUCCGCUUGCGGAAGCGAUUGGCGGGCUUCCGCCCUCGCUCUUUGCGGUGUUGUCUCAACAAGUCGCGCUGUUCAAGGAGCACAAGAUCCCGACGUUCUUCGUGUUUCAGGGUCUGCAGCCGCGCUCCCACACGCUUUUCUCCUCGCAGAUUCACCAGCAAAUCGACGAAGGCUGGAUGCUGUAUGCGCACGGCGGUGGACAAGUCGCGCUGUCGAAGUUUGCCCACGCCACGAGUCGCAUCAACUCGGACUUUGUCCACUUCUCGCUGCACUUCCUCAAAAGCAAGGGCUGCGAAUGCUUCCAGGCGCCAUUCUUUGCCACUGCGCAGCUCGCGUACUUUGCGGAGCAGAACUUUCUGGACGCGAUCUUUGGCCCGCCUUCACUUCUUCUUUUCGGCGUACCGCGCGUCAUCGUUAACAUCGACUGGGCGCGGGGAACUUUCGACUGGGUCGAACUUGAGCAACUCCUUUCCACAUGGAACGUGACGAGGGACCAGUUUUUGGACGCCUGCCUGCUUGCAGGGACUGAGUACUGCCUCACCUUUCCUUACCUCAAUCUGUCUCAGUUCCACCAAGGCCGCACCCAAUUCUCCUUCGGCACCGCCAUCGACUUCGUCAAACAAGCCCCCCUCGUCUCCUACAUGCAGCAUUUCCCCAACGAAGAAAUGAAGCAGGACCACGUCGACGGGUACUGCGUAUGCAAGACUCUUCUCCAAUACCCUCUGGUGAUUCAGCUGUCCGCGACUGUCGGACCCUUCGUGUCGAAUGCAGCCGGAGGGAACCAGCGCUCCGCAGUUCUUCCCCGCGAUUUCCAUCGCAUCGUCGGCCACCGGCUUCCGUUUUCUGUAUACUUUUUGAUGGCGCAAGGCAUUCUCUCUCGCAAGUUGCCUUCCGUCCUCGCUCUCGGCGAAUGGCUCGACUUCUCCCACCCCUGCGUGGACUCCAUUGAGUAUCGAGACCUCCUCAAUGAUGUCAGAGAAUACCGGUGCCGAGCGCUAGGCUUGAUCGCUAUGCGUCUCCACGAGGAUCACCGGACCCGGAGCAUUCGUUUCAGCCGGUACACGUGCUCGGUGUCAGGACGGGGAGACAGCGAGGUGGAGUCUCUGCCGCCCAAGAUCGACUCGACAGUUGCGCGCUGCUGGUUGGUCGACGCUGAGAGCGUGCAGAAGGAGAUGCGCCGGCAGAACUGCUCGAAGGUCGACUUAAAAUUCUGUCUCAACUGGCACGCGCAUGCACAGGAAAACGGGAUCGCGCUGUUCGACGAGCGCGCAGACAACCUGGCGGAGAACGCACCGCCGUACAUGAACAAACAGGAUUCUCAGAGCCUCCUGGCGCUCGUCCACUUCAUGCUGCUCGACAACUUGAGUUACUUCACCGAGCAGGGCGAAACAACCGUCUUCGGCUCUGCCUUGAUGCACUCCCCCAGCGAGCUCCAGGAAGACGUUUUGUUCGUCCUAGAACUGCUCAAGUUUGGACUGUUGACCGGGGACGUUUUGGAGGCGCCGAAGGACCGCCCGCAUCCAGCAGGCGUGCAGCUGCUCCGUCGACCCGACACUCCGGCAGACAAACGACGCAGUAUUCUUCUGCUCUCUCGCGUCUGCUCCCUCUUCCCCAUGCGCCUGCAUACUGGGAGCCACUGGCAAGGCGAUGUGGACUUCGACUUAGCUGCCUACUCCUCCAUCAUUAAAAUCUUGAAGCGUUCGCUAAGACAGCUCACAGAGGCGUGUCUCGCGAGUCUCCUUCUAAGAGACAUAAACCAAGUACGACAGCUUCCAGAAGGUUACUUCAGUCCUCUCCAGCCAAAGCUCCCGUGCUUCUUUCUCCAGCGGAACUGCAUGGGCAUCGUCAUGAAAUUCUUCCUCGAGUAUGUACCGAUGGAGGGGCCCGUAGCCGCAUCGGCACCUCUCCCGUCUUCUUCAAUCCCAUUGAGUUCGCCUCUUGGGAAGUUCGAGGCCUGCGUGCGUAUGUGGUAUCCCUGCUGCGAAAAUCCUCUGAGUGAUCUCUGCAGAACGGUGCUGUUCUGGCACCAGAUUUCAAACAUGAUCAACCAGCUGAACUCAUCGAUCGAUGUUAGUGAACUGAAGGACGAUAUCGAUGCCGCCACAGAUUUCUUGAUGAGACAGUGCCGGCUUGUUGGACUCGACACUCAUCCUGACUUCCCGCGUCUCUAAACUCUUGGGGGCCCUCAGGUUUUCGCAUUAUGCGUACGAGGGUGAUUCUGUUUUUGUAAACAAGUUUUUCUGUACGACGAUGGCAUGUCUGUACUCAGCAUGAAUCUGCUUAUGCGAGCAUGGAUAAGUAUUUUCGUAUUUCGUUUAUACCGCAUAUACACAAGCAUAAACAUAGCAUCACGGGGAAGCAACGAUCAAGUGGUCGUUUUACGUCUGGUGUGUGGGCCAUGGCGCUGACCUCGAGUUUUCUCUUAUAAAUCUUUGGGGGGUUUGGCUGUGAGUCUUGCCUAUCAGUGUGAACGCGAAUGGUGACGUUUUGUAUUCUCGUAUGUGCAUGCUUUUAUGGAUGCUAAUAUCCAUCGACGAGGUAUGUAGAUGUGGUCAUCACUCCGUUUUAUGUCUGGGUCUCGCUAACUAUGCAUAUGGUAUGCAUAGUGCGUAGGUCUCAUGGGCGUACCUUUGAUGCCGUUUUGAACGUGGAGUGUGAAGGCGGUGUCUAGACUGUAUCGAGCGAUGUGCCAGAGCCACAUCUGUGAUUUUGAUAGGUAACUGAACUUGGAACAACCUUUUUCACCCGCAGCUGCAGUGCUGUGCCAUUCCUCCCUCCGUGUCGUGUCGAGAUCCGUGUGCUGGGUGACGAAUCAGACCAGGAAGACGAGUUUCCGUGGUUCGUGGCAGGAGGGAGAAUAAUGUAGAGCAAGCUGGACAGGAAACCAACGAAUCUAUUACGGACUGUAAUUGUGCAACAGCUCUCUUCUCGAGGUGGACUCGGAUUGCGGUUCGACCGUACUUGUUAGAGUACAUGGUGUUUUGGAGGCU